GAGCGGGCUUUCACUAUAAUUUAGGUUAGAAUCCUUUCAAACAGUGGCUGCAGCAGUUUGCUGACAGUGCUAUAAACCAAAAUUGCCUAGGGAGAAGGGAAUCACGGGUUUAACGUGGGAGCUGAGUAACAGCUACUGUGGGGUUGACAGAGGUACCUUAGUGAGCUAUAAUAUACGCAGGGAGUAUGGUUUCAGCACUAAGAUGGUUCUGGGCCUUUCAGUACCCUCCUUUUUUGCUUCAACGUCUCCAGUUAAAAAGCUUUGUGGAAUAAACAGUGACUUUCAGCUUCUUCUACAGGAAAGAGAAACUUGCAGGAUGAAGACAAGUUGACUUACAGAUUUUCAUCAGGUCCUCCAUUUAGAAAAGCAAGCUUGAUUUUGAACAUUGCAUAGGAUUUUACAAUCACACACAGGAUACUAUAAAUGAUCCAGGCAGCUGUCAGCAAGGACGUGAUUUUCCUGGUUAAAAUAGGAAAUGCAUUCAUUCUUUGUACAUCAUGUAAACAGAAUCCGUCUAGACCCUGAAGGGGUCUGCCCUUAUAUUUUUAUGUGACCUGAAAAGAAGAGGUGAAGAAAUUUCAAGUGAUAACAAUAAGAAAGGCUGAAAGGAAACUAAUCAUUUUCUUCCUUGGAUCAAGCUGCUGCAUUCAAUGUGCUCUGAGCAAGAGGCAGCACUCAGGGAUGAGAUGGAGCAGUCCCCUGCAAUGCAUUCUGAAUAUCUGGUCUCAGGGAUUAGAACUCCGCCUGUGAGAAGGAACAGCAAGCUGGCAACAUUGGGCAGGAUCUUCAAACCAUGGAAGUGGAGGAAAAAGAAAAACGAGAAACUAAAGCAAACAUCAGCAGUGUUAGAGAAGAAGAUUACUGCAAGGCCAGGUCGGGAUGAACUCAUUAAGAAAGGUCUUCUGGAGAUGAUGGAACAAGAUGCUGGAGGCAAAGCAUGCGCUGCUGAUGGUGCCACCAGAUCAAUGCAGAGUGACCCUUCAUCCCCCGUAUGCCAGGCACUUACCUCAGAAGAGAUGCAGCAGGAAAGUACAGCAGCAACAACAAAUGCAACCUCAUUUAGCGAGGAGCUGCACUCAGAGGAGCUGAAAGACGAUGCAGCCAAGAAACCUUCAUUGUCCACUGAAGAACUAGAAGAUGCCUGCCUGCCAGUAACCGAAGAGACUCCACAAGCCUUACUUAUUUCUGAAUCCACAGAUUCCCCACAGAAACCAAUGGAAAGAAACCUAGCACAGCUCCCCAGCCCCCCUUCACUUCCAAUUCCACCACCUAAGGCAAUCUCCAAAAUCAAGAGCGUAACAGCAGCAGGAAGUGAAGUAGAUGAGCCAGCAGUGAAAUCCCCUCCUUCCACUAUCCUGAAGAAUUAUGUCAUUGUUGGUUCCUCCCAAAUCUCAGGACAAGCUGCCCUCUUCCAUCCAUCAGGCCAGAAAGGCUCCGAUCCCCAUGUCAGAGGACAGCUACCAACGCCGACCGGUUCCCCUCAUCCCGCUGCUGUCCACCUGCCUUUACCUCCCAGCAGAGUCAUUGAGGAGCUCCACAGGGCUCUGGCCACCAAACAUCGGCAGGAUAGCUUUCACGGCAGAGAAAGCAAAGGGUCUCCCAAAAAAAGAGUGGAUGUCCGUCCAUCCAGAACAUCUAGCAUCGAGGGCAGCAAAGAAAAGGAGAACGCACUGAGCCACAGUAAUGAUCCGGAGAACAAGCGAAACUCAGUCAAAGAGUCAGAUGAGAACAAAGAAAACCUGAUCAUGAACUCAGAACUCAAGGACAACUUGGUUUUUUAUCAGGAUGAAGAGGUGUUGAAUGACUCCAUCAUUUCUGGUACCUUGCCAAGAAAAUGCAAGAAAGAGCUGCUGGCAGUAAAGCUACGGAACAGGCCAAGUAAGCAGGAACUGGAAGACAGGAACAUUUUCCCAAGGAGGACGGAUGAGGAACGACAGGAAAUCCGGCAGCAAAUCGAAAUGAAACUUUCAAAGCGCCUGAGCCAAAGACCUGCUGUCGAGGAGCUCGAACGAAGGAAUAUACUUAAACAAAGAAAUGAUCAAACAGAGCAGGAAGAAAGAAGGGAAAUCAAGCAGAGGCUGACGAGAAAGCUCAAUCAGAGACCUACAGUCGAUGAACUAAGAGACAGAAAAAUUUUAAUUCGAUUCAGCGAUUAUGUUGAGGUGGCAAAAGCACAGGACUACGACAGACGAGCAGACAAACCCUGGACAAGACUAUCAGCAGCUGAUAAGGCAGCAAUUCGUAAAGAGCUAAAUGAAUACAAAAGUAAUGAAAUGGAGGUACAUGCAUCAAGCAAGCAUUUGACAAGAUUUCACAGGCCAUAGAGAUUUUCUUCUGAGAAGAAUUUGUCUUUACUUUCGAUACUGCUGCUGAACACACAUCAGGGAACGUAUAAAGGUCUUUCCCUGAAGUUCAGUUCACGAUAACCUGACGUGUGUGUGAGAGAAGGACUGUGCAGGUGAAAUCUCUGCAGCUCGUACACACAGGAGCUACCUACCAGAGGACGUACUUCGCUCUUUGAUGCCUGAAGAGUGAUGGCCUGUGGGGUGGGAGGAUCAGCUGAAAACGAAUGAAGUAAAGCUACUGGAAGGAACUUACUGCUCUCCUUUAACACUUGUUUUAAACUGUUUUGCAGCAUAUCUUGGAAAAGGAGAUGUUGUGCAUGUACAGGCUUUACCAUUCCAGGGCCUCUGACAUAAUGGACAUGACGCACUGUCAUUCAGUAUUAUGUUGACAAGACAUUUUGAACUAAUCACAAUUAGUUUGUAAAACACUUACGUUCAUGUUAUACAAAAUGAUUUAAUGUAUUAUAAUUUCUUUCUUUUUUAUAUAAUGUCUAACGAAAACACAACUGCAACAUUUUUGAUUCCUGUUAAUUUUGUUCUUUAAUUAAAUGACUACUUAUUGCAGGAAA